AUGCAGAAGCAGAAAACGUGCACGUGCGCGUGGCUGAGAGUGAGAAGGGGGAAGUCGAGGUUGUCUGUAAGAGAGGACGUGCGGAUAACGGGAGCCACUCUUCACCGCGGCCGUGAGAGGAGCAGCCCGGGCUCUGAUUCAGCCCUCAUCUCGGGUCAGCGAGCGGAGCUCCUCGGUGCCACUGUUGGAGGCUCUGUGCUGGUUACCUGUAAACUCCCAGUUCCAACAAGGCCAAAGUGGUUUUACUGGCAGGAGGACGGGACUGAAAACAUUUUGAUUCAUUGUGAACAAACGUGUCAACAAACAACAUCUGAAGUCUACAGGAACAGAGUUACAGUCUUUGCUUCUGAGUUUGGAUCGGGGAACAUCUCCAUUAAACUUCACAGUGUUACAGCUGCAGACGACCAGAAGUCGUUCUGGGUCAUGGCUUCCUUCAAAGACAGACGUGAGCGCGGCUGCAACUCAACACUGCAGGUUUCAGCUUCCUACAGAGAUAUAAACCUGACCAUUGACACAGCAGACACUGUGACCUGCACAGCGCGUGGAGGAUACCCUGAAUCCAGCGUGUCAUGGUCGGGUCAAAACACGACCGGUGGUGAAUAUGUGGACCUGCAUGAAUACAAACCGACCCACGAGAGGGACGCAAAGGAUGGAACCUUCACUGUCAGGAGCUCCGUCAGUGUGAAGGAGCUGGUGUCGGUGACCUGCCGCAUCACCAACCCUCGCUCCAACCAAAGCAUCAACACCACCACAAAGAUAGACAGAGAUGGUGCUGGUCCAGACACAAAUCCAGGAGUGCACGCAUUCAUACGUCUAGUUUCUGUCUCAGUAGCAUUAGUAAUAGCAGGAUUAGCAGUAGGCACAUACAUCUGCUACAAGAAACGCUGCAAAUCUGGCGAUGAAUCCAACGGACAACUGAAUGGAGAACAGCCAGGAGGUGAAAACCAUGCAGACCAACAAAUGGAGCUCCAAGAAGAAUCUCAAGAGGCAGCAAAUGAAGGGAGCAGAGACGACGAGGAUCCACAGGAUGAAGAUGAGUGGGGAGAUGCACAUCGAGACAACGUGGACCAAAACCUUCUAGAUGGAGCAGAAAACCAGGAGCACCGCCCUGCAGGUGGUGCAGAGCAAGGCGGAGGCAGCGUGCACACAAACACUGACUAAACUGAGGAUGCAUUCAUUGUUCGACUGCACUCACACACGCUGUGAACAGGACGACGGCUGCGCGGCCGACACACCAGAGGCGUCGCCAGAGUCGUUUCCUGAAGAGUUUAAACCUUUUUAUUUGCACAGUUCAGUUUAAAAUGACCUGUUAUUGGCUCGUUCUUAGUGCCAACGAGUUCUUCUCCAGGCGGACUCAGUGAAACCUACAGUAAAACCAAUGAACGAUGCAGGGAGCUAAAAUGUUCUGUUUGAGCUCUGCUUUUGCCUCAAGACGCUGAGAAGGAUGAAACGAUCAAAUGAACCGUGAGCCGGUGAAGCUGCUGUGACUGACUGAGCUCAGCUUUCCUCGAGCAACAAAACAAGGAUUUCGCGUCUUUACUGUUUCCCAGCUGAACAGGGUCCGAUCAGCUGCACUGUUUUCUUGUUUGUCACUUUAUUUAAAGAUUCUGAACUGUAAGAGUCUACAAUCCAGAAUUUCAUAACUUGAUGCUGUUUUAGAUGUUAGCUGACAUCUGCUGUAUGCUGUAAAUACAGAUUAUAGGAGGCUGAAUCCAUCUUUGCUGUGUGAGAAUGAGGAGCAGUGAUGACUAAUAAUGAUGACGAUGAUUCAGCAGCAUGUGAAUGGAGUGUUGCUAUGAACAUGUUCACAACAGUUUUACUCCUUUACUUCAUCUUUUAUAUAUUUAUUUAUACAUUUUAAUUUGUGUGCAUUCGAUACACAGCUGGUACAGUAACACACUGACAAACAUGAAACACUGGAAAUUUA